CUGUAAGUAUUACUAUACUCUGUGUUGUUGACUCUACGUAAAUAUACGAAAGUUAUUUUAUUCAAUUCAAAAGAACAGUCGAUAUUGCAUUCCAAAUAAUAAAUACCAUAUAUAACUUUUAUAAUAGUUUUGAUUUUUACCUAAAAUGCUGUCUUCCUUAAUAAAAGAACACCAAACUAAACAAGCAGCUAAGAGAAUAGUGCAAGAGCAAAAACGCAAGGAAUGUAUCGCAGCUGCAAACGAUUUAACUCAAGCACUUGUCGACCACUUGAAUGUAGGAGUAGCACAAGCCUAUUUGAAUCAAAAGAAACUAGACGCUGAAGCAAAAUUAUUGCAUCAAGGUGCUAUUAACUUUGCUAAACAGACACAACAAUGGCUAGCAUUAGUUGAAAAUUUCAGCAGUGCCCUAAAAGAAAUAGGUGAUGUUGAGAAUUGGGCUCGGAGCAUUGAAAAUGAUAUGAAAAUAAUUACUGACACAUUGGAAAGAGCUUAUCAAACGACCCAAGAGAAACCAAGCUCUAGUCAAUAAUCAUAUCAAAUUAAAAUUACGUAAAUAUUAUCAGAAAAUAAAUAAUAUUUUUAAGUUAGUAAAUAUUAUACUUUUUUGCUUAUAUCAGUUUUUUCACUAGUAAUAAAAAGUUACUUUCUUACAUAGCAAUGUCAAGUAUUUUUAUAACUCAUAUGAAUUAAUAAAUUACAUAAUAACGAUAAUCAUUCAGGCAAUAUAGAAUUUAUUUAUUAUUUAAAAUGCUUUUAAUGUUUAGUUUCUAUCCAACUAUAAAUUAGAAUAAAUAGUUAACAAGGA